AUGUUUAUUGCUGAAUAUGAAUGUGCAUUUACCAGGUUGAGUAAAUAUGCUAAAGAGUUAAUAGCAGAUGAAGUAGAUAUGUCUAUAAGAUGUGAAUGGGGAUUGAAUGAAGAAAUUUAUGUUCCGCUUUUACCCUUACAUCUACAAGAAUUUCCUAUUUUGGUUUAUAGAGCACAACGACUUGAGGAAGGAUUAAGUCAUUCAAAAGAGAAGAUUAUGGGAAAAAGGCUAGCUAUGAGUUCUUUGCCACCAUCUUCAUUUAAAAAGAGUAGAGAUUUUAGAGGUUCUAGGUACUUAUCACAGGUCGGAGGACCAAAAAUCAAAAGUCAGACUUGGCCGUCACAGCAAACCACAUCAAUGGCUAUUACGGGAGGCUCAGGAAGAAAAUCAAUGACACAUUAUUGUUCGAAGAUGCUUGAGAAUACUUUAGAACAAUCAAUAAAGAGUAUUCUAGCUCAAAAAGGAAAUAAACAGUCUAGAAUAGUUAGUCAUGUUCGUAAAGAGCAAAGGCCAACAAGAGAGAAAGUUGGUAGAUCUAAGAGUCGCAUGCCUCGAACAUAUGCAAUUUGGACUCAAGAAGAAGGAGAUGCUUUAGAUGUGAUCACUAGUGAAUUCUCUUUAUUUGAUACUAUUGUGAUUGCUUUAAUUAAUUUGGGUUCCAUACAUUCUUACAUUUGCACUUUAUUAGUAAGAGAGAAAGAAUUGCCUGUAGAGUUUACUAAACAAAAAGUCAUAAUGACAAAUCCUUUUAGACAAUGCAAGAGAGUGAAUAAGAUUUAUAGGAGAUGUCCUUUAAAAAUUCAAGAAUGUGAGUUUCUAGUAGACCUUAUGGCUCUUUCAUUUCGUGAAUUUGAUGUGAUAUUGGGCAUGGAUUGGUUGUCCGAAUAUGGAGUUAUGGUUGACUGUAAAAGGAAGAGAAUUUCUUUGAGAACUCUAGAUGGCAAUGGAAUGAUAGUGAUUGGUGAGAAUUACAGUACCUUAUUUAAUGUUGUAUCGACAAUGGAAGCUUUUAAGCUGGUGAGAAAAGGUCAUAUUGCUUAUCUUGCUUACAUUUUCAAUGCUCGUGUAUCUAGUCUGAAGAUUGAGGAAAUACCAAUGGUUAGAGAGUAA